AUGGCUCCCAGAAGCAAGCCGCGCAAAAAAGCUCACAAGCUCGGUGGCUCCGAUGGGAUUUUCCAAUUUCCGGAGGCGAUUCUGCAGAAAAUCUUCUUCUUCUUACCCGUAGAAGACGCAGUAUCACUAUCAGCUGCUUCCAAGACUUGGCGAAAUGUCUGGACUUCACUUCCAAUCCUCAACCUAAGAUUAGAUCACAACGAAUAUGUCACUUUCGAGAGCUUCGUCUCUUCAGUCGAAGACUCCUUGUCAAUCCUAAGAUCUCGCAAAGCAAAAAUUGAGAGCUUCUUUUUGACGAUUGAUCCGCAGGAAAAAGAGGGUUCGGACUUGGAAUCUCACCUCCAUGACUGGCUUACUUUAAUUAUGAAAAACUAUGUCAAGGAGAUAGAACUUAGGGUUUCUGAAUCUCCGAACGACAUUUUCUACACUAUACCCCAAUCAGUUUUCACUUCGAAAUCUUUAGUCAAACUUCAGCUGAUAGGUUGCAAAUUUCCGGCUGACAUUUUAUUCUCUGAUGGUGGUGGUGAUCGAAAGAAAUCCAGGAGGCGUCGUCAUGAAUUUCUCUGUCUUAAAGAGAUAAUUCUUGAGGAUGUUGUUGCUCGUGAUGAUCAAAUCAAGGAACUUGUGAAUCAUUCUAAGAACUUUCUUGAGAAGCUGACCAUUAAAACGUCUCCUGCAAUGGAACUUCUGAGUCUCGAAUUCUUCUUAAAGCUUAGUUUUAUUGAAGUGAAUGUUAAAACAUUGCGUGUAGCUCAGGCUAUGAAUCUGGAUACGAUGGUUCUAUAUGGGCUUCAUAGAUUAUAUGCUUCUGAUGUAUGGAACAUAAAGACACUGAGAUGCUUAACAUGGCACACAAGGGCCUACCAAUGGAUCAAAGCAUUUAUAUCCAUACUCCCACUUCUGGAGACGAUCCAAAUGUUUAUGGUUCGUAAUGAGAAGAUUCAGAUUCGAAGUGAUUCUCUUAAGAGUUUCUUUUUGUGUGAAGGUCAGAGAUUUGAGGAGCCUAUAGAAGUUGAGGUUGAUGCUCCGAGACUAAGCAAAAUCUAUUUCACUGGGUUUUCUUUUCCUGAGAUUACAAUGUUGAGACGGAGUCCCAGAGUUGAGCUUCAUCAUUUUGGUCAUUCUUCUGGUGGCAUUGAUAGCUCUCAACUUUACAGGCUUGGAAAGUUUUCACAAAACGUGAUCCACCCACUGCUACAAAUACACUUGCAUAAGAUUUUUAUUGAGUACCUUGUAGAUGAAUUAAUGAACAGGAAGGAAACGAAUCCAAAUUGUUGCCCUGAACAUAAUAAACCAAAGUGCUGGAGGCAUUACAUAGUGGAUGUGACAUUUGAACUAUACAGAAGCACGCCGCAUGAGUUUGAUGAAGCUGAGGAACUCACAAACAUCCCUCUCGAGAAGGCACAGAAUGGAGCAUUUUCCCUCCUUCAAACCACAACCAGAGGAUUCGUUGUGCAAUUUAGGCUUUUAUGGCUACCUUAUCCAGUUUAA